AUGACCGUCAUUAGGAUGAGGUAUAUACUGACCUUGACAAUUUUAUGUUGUGUUCUUAUUCUAAAUAUUGAUUUUGCAAAUGGAAGAAGAUUAAUACUUAGUUCAGAAUUAGGCAAGCGCAAGGGAACCAUCAAAACUAUUGAGUUAAUUGGGCAGAGUGAAGAUGGUGAAGUCAUUGAUUGUGUUGAUAUAUACAAACAACCUGCUUUUGAUCAUCCACUUCUCAAGAACCACAUCAUCGAGGUUUUUGCUUUUUUCCCAAGUUCAAUUCAAAUAAAUCAGUUAGAAGGGGAAAACGAUGAUUCACUAAAAGCAUUACAAGUGUGGCGUAAGUAUGGAGAAUGCCCAAAGGGAACAAUUCCCAUUGUUCGUGCACCAACAUCUUCUAAAUAUGGUCGAAAAACCCAUUUCAAAUCUCACUAUAGAUAUAAUCAGAGCCACUUUGUUGCACCUGGUCACGAGUAUGCUGAAGUGACGAUGAAUGGUGGAACAUACUUUGGAGCAAAAGCCAAUAUUAACGUAUGGACUCCAGUAUCACAUGGAACAAUCAGUGUAGCUCAAAUUUGGGUUGUGUCAUCAAGCCAAGUAGAGACUGAAAUUAAUACUGUAGAAGCUGGUUGGAUAAGUGAUGGGUAUAGAACCACAGGUUGUUACAAUCUUGAUUGUCCCGGAUUUGUACAAGUAAGCAAGAGUGCUGCUUUAGGUUCUAUAUUGCAACCUGUUUCCAUCUUUAAUGGGGUGCAAACCACAAUACAAGUUAGCUUAGCUCAGGUAUAUUAUAUAUAAUACACUAUACUAUACUACACAUUCAGCUAU